AUGCGUAAGCUAGACUGUAUCGAUAAUACUCUGAAAGAGAAUAAACGAGAAAAUCCGGGACCCGUGACUUCUUCCGCCCCUCCCCCGCCUUUUACACCACGACCGGAAACCCAUCGUACUAUGUUAUCGUCGAAUAACCUCGGCCUGUUGCAGCACUCUACUCUCUUCAGGCCAACCGAGAAAAAUGUUUGUAUUGAGUUAGAUACGCACACACGGACGCCUGUAUACACAGACAUACACACCCAUACGCACACACGAGCAUCUGUACACGCACACACACGCAUAUACACACUCACGCUUAUACAUAUAUGCAUAUAUGUCUUACACGAAUAA